UUGUUGGCGGUUCUGUUGGUACUGACAGCCGAGAGCUGUCUGUCUGCACAGAUGGAUGUCAUCCAUAGCUGGCGGAACGUGGACUUCAAUUUCCCGUCUUCGUCAACACGAGAUGCAAUGUUGAGAACGGGCAAGUUCAUACCAAAAAACAUCGCAAUCAUCGAUGUGGAUGUGUGGGAAGGAUUCAACGGAGGAGCACAGAAGAUAUUCGUGACGAUGCCCCGGUUGAAGCCAGGCACCCCUGCAACUUUGGCCAGCGUCGGUUUGACGGGAAUCUUGUCGCCUUAUCCCGACUGGGGCUGGCACAGGGAAGGCUAUUGCGACGGGAUCACCUCAGUCUUUAGGGUCGAGGUUGACCAAUGCGGCAGGCUGUGGGUCCUGGACAGCGGGACAAUCGACAUUUUUGAGAGCCAACCAAAAAUGAUCUGCCCUCCGCAAAUCCUUGUUUUCAACAUGAACGACGAUACCCUCAUAGGCAGAUAUCGGUUUCCUGACGAUGUUAUCGAUCCGAAGUCUUUGCUAGUGACGAUUGUCGUCGACACGAGAGAUGCCACGUGCGAAAACACUUUUGCCUAUAUAGCCGAUGUUGUUAGUUAUAAAUUGAUCGUUUUUGAUGGAAGACAUCAAAAGUCAUGGAGAGUGAGCAACAACUACUUCUACCCUUACCCGCUCCACGGUGCGUUCGAAAUCGCAGGAGUGACUUUCGACCUCAUGGACGGGAUACUCGGUCUCGCUCUUGGCCCCAUGUACGCAGGAGACAGGAGACUGUACUUCCACAGCCUGGCUUCCGUGAGGGAAUCUUGGGUGGCCACGAGUGUUCUGAGGAAUUCUUCACUCUUCACCGACGGCAACGGUUCACCUUCGUCUUUCCACGUUUCCCAGUACACGAGGCCGUCACAAUCCGCGGCGCAGGCGAUGACAAAAUCUGGGAUACUCUUUUUCGGCCUCCUUUCGCAAAACGCGAUUGCCUGUUGGAACUCAAAGCUCUCGUACACGAAAGACAACAUUAUCACCGUCGCCCAGAAUAAUGAGACAUUGCAGUUUGCAUCGGGGAUAAAAAUACGUAACGGUCGGGUCUGGGCUCUUACUUCUAAGCUGCAGAAUUUCAUUAAGGGAGCAGUACUCGAGACUGGAGAGAACUACAGGAUAUUGACAGAGAAAAUCGAAAAUCUGACAAAAGGCACCAAAUGCAGGCCCACCGAAUUAGAAUCUAGCCCUUCAGAGCAGUUGUUCAACAAUUAUCGAUCCAGCGCUCGUUUCAGUCAAUACAGCACCUACAAACAAAAUCAUCACUGAAAAAAAAAAUGCCAAACAUUUAUCUUGCGGUGAAAAAUUUAAAAAUAAGUUUUCUUCUUAAUCCAUCCCCUUUUUGUACUUUUAUAAUCCUGUUCUUACUUUACAUUUUAAACAUUAGAAAAUAAAAGUUCAAUAUUUCCCCUUAAAAAUAUCAUGUAUCACGUUCACCAAGAAAGUGCCAUAACCUUCAUGACACAAUAUUUUUUUUAUCACGUUCUAUAGUGUAAUGCACUUGAAAUUAUAUUUAUUAUGCUUUUCCGAUUUUUAAAAAAACUGUUUAUUGUAUUGUGCGAAAAAAAUUUGAAUAUGUAAAUUAGUAUUUGUUAAUAAAACUAGUUUUUUU